GGGCGCCUGUCCGGGCUGCGUCCCGCCGAGCCGGGCGAGUUCACGCGCCGCGCGUUCCACCGGGGGAAGCUGGACCUGACGGCGGCCGAGGGGCUGCGGGACCUCAUCCACGCCGAGACCGAGGCGCAGCGGCGGCAGGCCCUGCGGCAGAUGGAGGGCGAGCUGGGGCGGCUGUACCGGCAAUGGGGCGAGACCCUCACCCAGGCCCUCGCUCACAUCGAAGCGUACAUUGAUUUCAGUGAAGAUGACAACGUGGAGGAAGAGGUGUUGUCCCAAGUGGAUGCGGCCGUGAGGGCGUUGGAGCAGGAGAUCGCUGCCCACCUGCGGGACGGGCGCUGGGGGGAGCUGCUGCGGGCGGGGGUCCACGCCGUCAUCGCCGGACCCCCCAACGUGGGCAAGAGCAGCCUGCUCAACCUGCUGUGCCAGCGCCCGGCUGCCAUCGUGUCCCCGGUGGCGGGGACCACGCGGGACGUGGUGGAGGUGUCCCUGAACGUCAGCGGUUACCCCGUGGUGCUGAGCGACACAGCGGGGCUGCGCGAUGCCGCCGACCCCAUCGAGCAGGAGGGAGUCAGCCGGGCACGGGACCGCCUGCAGCACGCAGACCUGGUGCUGGCCGUGUUGGAUGCCACCGCAGUACCCACCGACCCCGAUGGGCUGGGGGCUGCCCUGGGCUCCCUGGUGCCCCCCGCCGCCCCCUGCAUCCUGGUGCUCAACAAGGCCGACCUGCUGGGGGGGCACGCGGGGGCUCUGUGCGAUGCCUGCACCCACGGACCCCCGCUGCCCCCCACCACCCUGCUGUCCUGCAAGACGGGCGAAGGCACCGACCGCCUCCUGCAGCUGCUGGGGCAGCAGCUGGCCCAACUGUGCGGAGACCCCCUGGCUGGUUCACCCAGCCUGACGCAGAGCCGGCACAGUGCCCAGCUGGGGGGCUGCGUGGCCGCGCUGGCGCGGUACGGGCAGCAGCGCGACGUGGGGAUGGCGGCCGAGCAGCUGCGCCUGGCACGGCGGCACCUGGGGCGCAUCACCGGGCACGUGGGGGCCGAGGACGUCCUCGAUGUCAUCUUCAGGGAUUUCUGCAUCGGCAAGUGAUGGGGGGGGGGGGGCGCGGGGGUAUUAAACCGUGGUGCCUUGGGUUGGUCUGCGUCCUUGCCCUGUGCCCCCCGGCCGGGUGCGGUGCUCUCCGUGCCCGGGGGGAGCGCAUCCUGAGCCCCAGCCGUGGGAAAACCCGCUGGGAAGGGGCCGCGCUUCCUGGCCGGGAGGAUACACACGGAGCUGCAGUGGUGGUGAUGGAAAAUCCCCUGCUUCCCCCUUGGGCAUCCCCUCCCCAUUGCAUGGCGCAGGGGCCCACCGUGGUCCCCCAAGGGUGGUGGUGUGCCAGCCCCAGGGGUGGGGAUGCCCCCUAAGGGUGGGGGUCCCUGUGUCCCCCGUUGUUCUCCCACCCCCGCCUGGGGCUCCCACGGUGCUGCCCCUCUUCGUGGGCUGGGGAGGGGGCUCCCAGCAGUGCCCCCACGCAUCAGGGCGGCCCUAGCACGUGGCUUUGCGCAUCCCGUGAGCGAUGGGGGGGACCCAAAGGGACCCAGGGGUGCUGCUGAGGGACGGGGACGCUGCGGUGACCCGGGGAGCUCUCGUUGUCGCCGCGUGGUGAUGGUGGCAUGCGGGCAGCGCGGGACCAGGGCUGCGGCGUGCCGGGUGUCAGGAAAAGCUCUUUAAACAGGAAAGCGAGGAACGCGCGGCCAUAAAUCACCGCGCAGCCAUAAA